AUGGGCAUGAUCAUAGGAUUCAAUGUUUCAUUUUUAAUGUUGUUGUCGUUCCUAUGUUUUUAUCCUUUGUUUUUGCAUGCUGCAUACUCCAUUACACAGAAUGAAUCUAUCAAAGAUGGUUCUACUUUGGUGUCAGAAGGUCUCAAGUUCGAAAUGGGUUUCUUCAGUUUUGACAACUCUUCCAGAUACGUUGGAAUUUGGUAUUACAACGUUCCAGUUUCAUCAUACGUGUGGGUUGCAAACAGAGAAAAUCCCAUCAAAAACAGACAAGGUUCUAUAACAAUGAAAAAUGAUGGUAACUUGGUUGUUCUUGAUGGAGAGAACAACGAGGUUUGGUCUAGUAAUAUAUCAGUUUCUAUUAAAAACUCACAAGCUGUUCUUCGUAAUGAUGGAAACCUUGUUGUUUUAGAUGGAGAAACUAACAAAGAGAUUUGGCAAACCUUUGAAGAUCCAACUGAUACAUAUCUUCCAGGUAUGAAAGUUCCGGCGGGUAGUGGAGGUGGAAUCGGGAAGGAUCCUACCUUUCGUGCAUGGAAAUCAGACAAGGAUCCUUCAUUCGGAGACUACACGAUGAGUGUGGAUUCGGAAGCAUCACCGCAGAUAGUGAUUAUGGAAGGAGAGAAAAGAAGGUGGAGAACUGGUUAUUGGGAUGGUAGAGUUUUCUCAGGUGUGCCAAAUAUGACAGGAAGUUAUCUUUUUGGUUUUAGGCUUAACACGGACGAUAAAGGCGAAAGGUAUUUUGUUUAUGAAGCAUUGAAUAGUAGUGAUAAGAUAAGGUUUCAGAUUAGUUAUGAUGGAUUUGAGAGACAAUUCAGGUGGAAUGAAGAUGAAAAAGAAUGGAAUGUGAUACAAAGUUUGCCUUACAAGAAGUGUGAGUUUUAUAAUUCAUGUGGUAGUUUUGCAAUAUGUGAUGAAUCUGAUUCAGUUUUGUGUAAGUGCGUAAAAGGGUUUGAGCCAAAGGAUAUGAUAAGUUGGAAGAAUGGAAAUUGGUCAAAAGGGUGUAAGAGGAGGAAUCCGCUGAAUGGUGAGAGAAGUAGUACUAAUAGUUCUGUUGGAGAAGAUGGUUUUUUGGUGCAAAGGGGUUUGAAGUGGCCUGAUUUCGCACAUUUGAUUAAUGUUGUAGAUAGCAAGGGCUGCGAAAGAAAUUGUCUGCAGAAUAGUUCUUGUACCGCAUACGUAAACGCUAUUGGAAUUGGGUGUAUGGUUUGGUUUGGAGAGUUGGUUGAUGUUCAAAGGCUAGAAAAUUAUGGAAAUACACUCAAUAUUCGUCUUGCCGAUAUUGAUUUAGAUGACGGGAAGAAAAAGACCAAGAUUUGGAUAGUAUUAGGUGUUGUAAUCGGGCUUAUCUGCCUUGGAAUCUUUACAUGGCUGCUAUGGAGAUUUAAGGGAAAACUCAAAGUCUCUUCAACUUCUUCUCCCAACAGAAACAUUGGUAAUGUGACAGUUUCUGAACCAUCCAAGAGUACAAACUUAUUACUACCAGUAGAAUUUUCAGGAUCCGUUGAUCUUAAUUCGGAAGGGAAUCCUCUAAGUAACGCAGAACUUUCAUUCUUCACUUUUAGUAGCAUUGUCAUAGCAACAAACAAUUUCUCAGACGAAAAUAAGCUUGGACAAGGAGGAUUCGGUCCUGUCUACAAGGGAAAGCUUCCAGGGGGAGAAGAAAUCGCGGUAAAGAGGCUUUCAAGACGGUCUAGCCAAGGUUUAGAUGAGUUCAAGAAUGAGAUGAUGCUAAUAGCCAAAUUACAACAUAGAAAUCUUGUUAGACUAUUAGGAUGUUCAGUUCUAGAGGAAGAGAAGUUACUGGUAUAUGAAUACAUGCCAAACAAAAGUUUGGACUUCUUUUUAUUUGAUCCAAUCAAGCAAACAAAACUAGAUUGGACAAAACGUUCUGAAAUCAUUGAGGGCAUUGCAAGAGGACUACUUUAUCUGCACCGUGAUUCACGGCUUAGAAUAAUUCAUCGGGAUCUAAAAGCAAGCAACAUUUUGUUGGACGAAAAUAUGAAUCCAAAAAUAUCAGAUUUUGGUUUGGCAAGGAUAUUUGGCGGAAACCAAAAUGAAGACAAUACAGCGAGAGUAGUUGGUACAUAUGGUUACAUGUCUCCAGAAUAUGCGAUGGAAGGUCUAUUUUCUGUUAAAUCUGAUGUCUAUAGUUUUGGCGUAUUAUUACUAGAGAUUGUGAGUGGCCGCAAAAACACUAGCUUUCGCGAUUCUUAUGAUCCAAGUCUCAUAGGAUAUGCGUGGCGUCUAUGGAAUGAAGAUAAAGUAAUAGAGCUUGUUGAUCCUUCGAUCCGUGAAUCGUGUAGAAAGAGUAAAGCUUUGAGAUGCAUACACAUAGGGAUGUUAUGUGUGCAAGAUUCAGCAUCUAAUAGACCAAACAUGUCCUCAGUGGUGUUGAUGCUGGAAAGUGAGGCAACAACUCUUCCAUUGCCUAUUCAACCUUUGUUUACUUCAAUGAGGAGAUAUGAUGAUACAGAAGAGUUUCAUACUGAACCCUUUGUAUCCUCAGUUGAUCUUACUGUGACAGGGAGAUAA